CUCCUCUCUCCAGGUGGCUUCUCAGUGGUGUUCCUGGCCCGGACACACAGUGGCGUGCGCUGCGCUCUCAAGAGGAUGUAUGUCAACAACGUUCCUGACCUCAACAUCUACAAGAGAGAGAUCACUAUUAUGGUGAGAAUAGCGCUCUGUGUGUGUGUGUGUGUUUGCAUGCGUCCUAACUUGAUUUCUUGAGUCUAGUUUAUGCAAUCCAGAAAAUACACUUGCCUGUACCAACCUCUGUAAGAAAGUUAGUUGUUGAACAUUGACAAGAUGUUGUUUUUCCAUGAACUUUUGACCCCGUCUGUAACUGAACAGCUAGUUGUUUUCUGUGGAGUGUGCCGGACUCUGUGCUGACUUUAACAGAGUCACUCUCACACACACACACACACACACACACACACACACCCACACACACACACACCAUGUGACCUGAUGGAACCAUGACACAGUUGUGUCCCGGUGUGACUUCUUGACAUGGCUGUAACGGUGCUGUGGAGGUGACAUGGCUGUAACGGUACUGUUGAGGUGACAUGGCUGUAACGGUACUGUGGAGGUGACAUGGCUGUAACGGUGCUGUGGAGGUGACAUGGCUGUAACGGUGCUGUGGAGGUGACAUGGCUGUAACGGUGCUGUGGAGGUGACAUGGCUGUAACGGUACUGUGGAGGUGACGUGGCUGUAACGGUACUGUGGAGGUGACGUGGCUGUAACGGUACUGUGGAGGUGACAUGGCUGUAACGGUACUGUGGAGGUGACAUGGCUGUAACGGUACUGUGGAGGUGACAUGGCUGUAACGGUGCUGUGGAGGUGACAUGGCUGUAACGGUGCUGUGGAGGUGGCAUGGCUGUAACGGUACUGUGGAGGUGACAUGGCUGUAACGGUGCUGUGGAGGUGACGUGGCUGUAACGGUGCUGUGGAGGUGACGUGGCUGUAACGGUACUGUGGAGGUGACAUGGCUGGCUGUAACGGUACUGUGGAGGUGACGUGGCUGUAACGGUACUGUGGAGGUGACAUGGCUGGCUGUAACGGUACUGUGGAGGUGACGUGGCUGUAACGGUACUGUGGAGGUGACAUGGCUGGCUGUAACGGUGCUGUGGAGGUGACAUGGCUGUAACGGUACUGUGGAGGUGACAUGGCUGUAACGGUGCUGUGGAGGUGGCAUGGCUGUAACGGUACUGUGGAGGUGACAUGGCUGUAACGGUACUGUGGAGGUGACAUGGCUGUAACGGUGCUGUGGGGGUGACUUCUUCACAUGGCUGUAACAGGGCCAAUAAAGAGUAACGUCGUCAUGCUCCCAUCACACUGGGAGAGGACCUGUACAUAAAGAAACAAAGAACAGCACGUCACAAGCAGCACUGAGUAAUGAGGACUUACCGUAAAACUUCAAUUAGUAACCUGGUGUUUUUUGUUUAUCACUGAACACAACAGGCACUUAUUAUAGACAUGCUUCUAUUUGGAGAAAAACAAACUUCCUUGACAAUAAUUGUUCUCCUCUUUGACUGUGCAUUUUUGGCAGUUCUUACUUACACCACUAGAUGGCGAUCAGCCACUUUCUGGGGGUCUGUGCUCCAGAAGUUGUUGACUGUUUUUGUGCUUGCCAGUUAGCUAGCAGUUCUCAGUUGUAAGCAGCCAAUGGCUAGCAGUUUCUUACUGGUUAUAAAAACAGAUGAGUGCCAUUAAAACAUGUUCAAGGCAUUACUAAUUUUAUGUAACAAAUCAAACAUUAAAUCUUGUAAAUCAUUCAUGGUGACGUCAUAAACAAUUCCUUUAGACCUGGUGUUUAUUUGAAACAGGCGUUUAUUUGCUGAAAUGUGUGACGUUGCCCGGCUAUUUAAAGGAACAGGUGGAUAUUUGAGACUGUGUUUUAAUUGGACGUUUUAUGGUAAUUAACUUAUGCUCUAAUAAGGACCAUAGGCCUCUCAUGAAUGUCCUCCCUCUUCCUCUGAGAAUAAUGUCUGUUUUCUUCUCCUCUGCAGAAGGAGCUGUCUGGUCAUAGGAACAUAGUGAACUACCUGGACUCUACCAUCAACUCAGUAGGGGACAGUGUCUGGGAGGUUCUCAUUCUCAUGGAGUACUGUAAAGGUAGGAGUUCUAAGUUCCCCCCCCCUGUGAUUUAAAUACAAUGGACCGGUCAUUAUUGUUUUAUUGAGCAUGAGACGGGUGCAAAAUAGGCUGUACUGGUUUGAACAAACAAGACCUGUGAUUUUAUAUUGACCCAAUAAAGUAGGAUUGUAAUUUCAACAUGAUCUCACUUUGUCAAUUUUUCUCACUCCUCUUUCUCACCAUCUCUCCUCCCUCCCGUUCGCUCGCCCUCUCUCCCGUUCGCUCGCCCUCUCUCCCGCUCUCACCUGCUCCCCCUUCUCCACUUUUUCUCACCCUCCUCUCCUCUCCCACUUCUGCAUCACACGCCUCCCUCUCUCUCCCCCCUCCCCCCUCAUUCCCUCUCUCCCUCCUCCCCCCAGCUGGUCAGGUAGUGAAGCAGAUGAACCAGCGUCUCCAUAAAGGGUUUACAGAGCCAGAGGUGUUGACCAUCUUCACUGAUACCUGUGAGGCUGUGGCCAGGCUGCACCAGUGUAGAACACCUGUCAUACACAGGGACCUGAAGGUAAGGGAACUACCAAUUCUCUCUCUUCCUCCUCCUUCACCCUUUCCUACUGUCCUCUUGUCACCCUGGAGUCUGUAUGUGAUGUCAUCCUCCAACUCCCUCCUCCUUCCAUCUUCCUCCUCCUAAUCUCCUCCUCCUCCUCCUCCCUCUUGCUGUCCCAGCACUCUAGGCUGACACCAGACUGGGGGGUUAAGGAACUCCAGAGGGACACAGAGACUGGGAGGCACAGUCACUCACUGAUGGGUGAAGUGACACUGCAAAAUGCCUUGUCCUGUCAUCUACUCUGAGCUGUGUGUGUCUCACUGGGCUUUCUUGCAUUUCUCUCUCUCUCUCUGUCUCUCUGUCUCUCUGUCUCUCUGUCUCUCUCUGUAUCUCUGUCUCUCUCUGUCUCUCUCUGUCUCUCUCUGUCUCUCUCUGUCUCUCUCUGUCUCUCUCUGUCUCUCUCUGUGUGUCUCUGUGUGUCUCUCUCUCUGUCUCUCUCUCUCUGUCUCUCUCUCUCUGUGUCUCGCUCUCUCUCUCUCUGUGUCUCUCUCUCUCUGUGUCUCGCUCUCUCUCUCUCUGUGUCUCGCUCUCUCGCUCUCUGUGUCUCGCUCUCUCGCUCUCUGUGUCUCGCUCUCUCGCUCUCUGUGUCUCGCUCUCUCUCUCUCUCUCUCCUAAAAGCAAGUGAAAUAGAUGAUAAACAAAUAGUUAAAGUACAAAAGGGAAAAUAAAUCAACAUAAAUAUGGGUUGUAUUUACAAUGGUGUUUGUUCUUCACUGGUUGCCCUUUUCUUGUGGCAACAGGUCACAAAUCGUGCUGCUGUGAUGGCACACUGGUUUUUCACCCAGUAGAUAAGGGAGUUUAUCAAAAUUGGUUUUGUUUUCUAAUUCUUUGUGGCUCUGUGUAAUCUGAGGGAAACAUGUGUCUGUAAUAUGGUCAUACAUUUGGCAGGAGGUUAGGAAGUGCCGCUCAGUUUCCACCUCAUUUUGUGGGCAGUGUGCACAUAGCCUGUCUUCUCUUGAGAGCCAGGUCUGCCUAUGGCGGCCUUUCUCAAUAGCAAGGCUAUGCUCACUGAGUCUGUACAUAGUCAAAGAUGUCCUUAUGUUUGGGUCAGUCUCAGUGGUCAGGUAUUCUGCCACUGUGUACUCUCUGUUUAGGGCCAAAUAGCAUUCUAGUUUGCUCAGUUUUUUUUGUUAAUUCUUUCCAAUGUGUCAAGUAAUUUAUAUUUUUGUUUUCUCAUGAUUUGGUUGGGUCUAAUAGUGUUGCUGUCCUGGGGCUCUGUGGGGUCUGUUUGUGUUUGUGAACAGAGGCCCAGGACAAGCUUACUUAGGGGACUCUUCUCCAGGUUCAUCUCUCUGUAGGUGAUGGCUUUGAUAAGGAGGGUUUGGGAAUCGCUUUUUUUUAGGUGGUUAUAGAAUUUAACGGCUCUUUUCUGGAUUUUGAUAAUUAGCGGGUAUCGGCCUAAUUCUGCUCAGCAUGCAUUAUUUGGUGUUUGACGUUGUACACAGAGGAUAUUUUUGCAGAAUUUUGCAUGCAGUCUCAAUUUUGGUGUUUGUCCCAUUUUGUGAAUUCUUGGUUGGUGAGUGGAACCCAGACCUCUCUCUCCCCUUCCUCUGUCUCAGUACAUUCAGUCUUGGCAAAUCUCUGCUGUGAGCUAAAAUAAAGUGCCAACAUAACGAGGCCUGUCCACAGCUGGUGAAUAAGCUAGUUCUCUAUUGGCCACUCUGUCCACGGCUGGUGAAUAAGCUUCUUCUCUAUUGGCUAGUAUGUCCAUGGCCUGUGAAUACACUGGCUUUUUAUUGGCCAGCCUCUGGGGAAAAUGCAGCUACUUCACAAGGACAAUGUUAUAUCCUAGCUUUAUCCUCAAAGCACACCUUCAAUCAAGCUGACAAUAAUAUUUAGCUCGAGCUCCCUCCUCUCUCUCUCUCUCUCUCUGGCAGGUAGAGAACAUCCUCCUGAGUGAUAAUGGGAGUUAUGUUCUGUGUGAUUUCGGAAGUGCUUCUCACAAGGUGCUGCUCCCACACAAAGACGGAGUGACUGCCGUGGAGGACGAAAUCAAGAAGUGAGUGAGUGGGGGUAUGUGAGUGGGGGUAUGUGAGUACACCCAGGUGAUUGUCUUGCGUGUAGCUACAUAGCAACAGUGCACCCCUCGUCACGUCAUCACUAAAUCUGAACUGUCCGACGGAUCCACGCUCUUUGCUCUGCUUUAGUUCCAGUUAUACGCUGAGUGUACUAAACAUUAAGAACACCUUCCUCCCCGGCUGGGGGGGGGCUGUGCGCACAUGAAGAGCUGAGUGAAAGAUGUAUUUUUAAAAGGCAUAAAAGUUGGUCCACUGAAGUGAGACUUUGUCCUUGUGUUUCUUGGCUAUUUACAGUGGGGGAAAAAAGUAUUUGAUCCCCUGUUGAUUUUGUACGUUUGCCCACUGACAAAGAAAUGAUCAGUCUAUAAUUUUAAUGGUAGGUUUAUUUGAACAGUGGGAGACAGAAUAACAACAACAAAAUCCAGAAAAACACAUGUCAAAAAUGUUAUAAAUUGAUUUGCAUUUUAAUGAGGGAAAUAAGUAUUUGACCCCUUCUCAAUCAGAAAGAUUUCUGGCUCCCAGGUGUCUUUUAUACAGGUAACGAGCUGAGAUUAGGAGCACACUCUUAAAGGGAGUGCUCCUAAUCUCAGCUUGUUACCUGUAUAAAAGACAACUGUCCACAGAAGCAAUCAAUCAAUCAGAUUCCAAACUCUCCACCAUGGCCAAGACCAAAGAGCUCUCCAAGGAUGUCAGGGACAAGAUUGUAGACCUACACAAGGCUGGAUUGGGCUACAAGACCAUCGCCAAGCAGCUUGGUGAGAAGGUGACAACAGUUGGUGCGAUUAUUCGCAAAUGGAAGAAACACAAAAUAACUGUCAAUCUCCCUCAGCCUGGGGCUCCAUGCAAGAUAUCACCUCGUGGAGUUGCAAUGAUUAUGAGAACGGUGAGGAAUCAGCCCAGAACUACACGGGAGGAUCUUGUCAAUGAUCUCAAGGCAGCUGGGACCAUAGUCACCAAGAAAACAAUUGGUAACACACUACGCCGUGAAGGACUGAAAUCCUGCAGCGCCCGCAAGGUCCCCCUGCUCAAGAGAGCACAUAUACAGGCCUGUCUAAAGUUUGCCAAUUAACAUCUGAAUGAUUCAGAGGAGAAUUGGGUGUGGUCAGAUGAGACCAAAAUCGAGGUCUUUGGCAUCAACUCAACUCGCCGUGUUUGGAGGAGGAGGAAUGCUGCCUAUGACCCCAAGACCACCAUCCCCAUCGUCAAACAUGGAGGUGGAAACAUUAUGCUUUGGGGGUGUUUUUCUGCUAACGGGACAGGACAACUUCACCGCAUCAAAGGGACAAUGGACGGGGCCAUGUACCGUCAAAUCUUGGGUGAGAAUCUCCUUCCCUCAGCCAGGGCAUUGAAAAUGGGUCGUGGAUGGGUAUUCCAGCAUGACAAUGAUCCAAAACACACGGCCAAGGCAACAAAGGAGUGGCUCAAGAAGAAGCACAUAAAGGUCCUGGAGUGGCCUAGCCAGUCUCCAGACCUUAAUCCCAGAGAAAAUCUGUGGAGGGAGCUGAAGGUUCGAGUUGCCAAACGUCAGCCUCGAAACCUUAAUGACUUGGAGAAGAUCUGCAAAGAGGAGUGGGACAAAAUCCCUCCUGAGAUGUGUGCAAACCUGGUGGCCAACUACAAGAAACGUCUGACCUCUGUGAUUGCCAACAACUGUUUUGCCAUCAAGUACUAAGUCAUGUUUUGCAGAGGGGUCAAAUACUUAUUUCCCUCAUUAAAAUGCAAAUCAAUUUAUAACAUUUUUGACAUGCGUUUUUCUGGAUUUUUUUGUUGUUAUUCUGUCUCUCACUGUUGAAAUAAACCUACCAUUAAAAUUAUAGACUGAUCAUGUCUUUGUCAGUGGGCAAACGUACAAAACCAGCAGGGGAUCAAAUACUUUUUUCCCUCACUGUACAUGGUUUUGUUCACAAGCCAGGUCGUUUUUCAAUGUUUGAGUUUCAACUGCUAGGAAACGGAAGACAACGCUGCUACUAGUCAGACUCUCAAUCUCACACGAACAUGACUGGAGUGGCGUUACCACGGUAACCUCCCGCCCCUUAAAGGGGCAGGUGAACAUAUUUGUCUCAUCUGUGAUUUUGGUUAAAAGACAAGUCACAAAAAUGUAAAUGUAAGCAAUUUACCACAUGACGUCUUACUAGUAAUACCCUUAUUGUUGUAGAAACAUUACAGGGCAUGCUCCUCCGUUUCUGUGUGUUUUGUUGGUGUUAUUUUGGCGGCAAACAAAAUAUUUUGGCUGGUUAAAAAAUCUACCUGCCGCAGUGGGCUGGUGGACCAACUAGUUAGUUUUAUACUCUGGUUCUUAAUGUUCUGUAUUACUCAGUGGAAGUCACCACUCUGCUCCAUACAUCCAGGCACUUUAGCCAGCCACUGGACUAAUACAUAGGACUAAUUUCUCAGAAGGCAGUGCACUACAGAGGGUGCCAUCAGCCUCAGAAGGCAGUGCACUACAGAGGGUGCCAUCGGCCUCAGAAGGCAGUGCACUACAGAGGGUGCCAUCAGCCUCAGAAGGCAGUGCACUACAGAGGGUGCCAUCGGCCUCAGAAGGCAGUGCACUACACUCUUACAUACCGUUACUGCAUAAAUAACCUUUAACCCUGACCACUUCCUGUGUGUGUAGGUACACCACCCUGUCAUAUCGAGCUCCAGAGAUGAUCAACGUGUACGCAGGGAAAGCCAUUACCACCAAGGCUGAUAUAUGGGUAAGUUGGAAGCGGUGGGGGGUGUUUAAACGUGUGUGGUGUUUCUACAUAUAUGUAGGUUUGUGUGUGUGUGUGUGUGGACUAGCCAGUCAGUAACAGAAGAGCUUAGUGUGUGUGUGUGUGUGUGUGUGUUUGUUUGUGCGUGUAUUGGUCCAGGCAGUUUUCCUGUAAGGCCAGUUAGGCCUCAUGCUUCCUUAGCUCUGGCUGGCUGGCUGUCUGUCCUGUCUGUCUGUCCUGGCUGGCUGGCUGUCUGUCUGUCCUGUCUGUCUGUCAAGCAAGCCCAACAGGUUUCGUGAGUGUGUGUGUGUGGCUGUGUGUGCUCUUGGUUGCUGGUUGUACAAGCUGUGUUUCUCUGUUUCAGGCUCUCGGUUGCUUGUUGUACAAGCUGUGUUUCUCUGUUUCAGGCUCUCGGUUGCUUGUUGUACAAGCUGUGUUUCUUCUCUCUCCCGUUCGGGGAGAGUCAAGUCGCCAUAUGUGACGGAACCUUUAUCGUUCCUGACAAUUCCAAAUUCUCCUUCAAGUUGCACUGCCUAAUCAGUAAGUAGAAGGACCCUGUUCCUCACACCACACUAACCACCAAGCUGUCAAUCAAUAUAAAAACAAUUACACCACAUUGACCAAUUGUCUUGUGAAUGUUUCUGAUGUGUAAACAUGUAACUUUCCAAAUAAUGUAUCAUUCAGACUAUCAUUCAUUGUUUAUACACCCACUGUCAGCCUUUUAGUACAAAUAUUAGCUAAUAGCGCCACUUUGUGGUCAAGAGAGAGAUGCAUUGUACCAUGGUGAUAAUGCCUCAGAGGUAGUUAUAUAUUUACAUUCACUCUGUAACCAAUGUAACAUGUACAUGUCUUCUCUGGUUUGUUGGUGAUACUAUAUAUGUCUCCUCUUCUCCAGGAUAUAUUAAACUAUAUGUCCCCUCUUCUCCAGGAUAUAUUAAACUAUAUGUCCCCUCUUCUCCAGGAUAUAUUAAACUAUAUGUCCCCUCUUCUCCAUAAUAUAUUAAACUAUAUGUCUCCUCUUCUCCAUAAUAUAUUAAACUAUAUGUCCCCUCUUCUCCAUAAUAUAUUAAACUAUGUCUCCUCUUCUCCAUAAUAUAUUAAACUAUAUGUCUCCUCUUCUCCAUAAUAUAUUAAACUAUAUGUCUCCUCUUCUCCAUAAUAUAUUAAACUAUAUGUCCCCUCUUCUCCAUAAUAUAUUAAACUAUAUGUCUCCUCUUCUCCAUAAUAUAUUAAACUAUAUGUCCCCUCUUCUCCAUAAUAUAUUAAACUAUAUGUCUCCUCUUCUCCAUAAUAUAUUAAACUAUAUGUCCCCUCUUCUCCAUAAUAUAUUAAACUAUAUGUCUCCUCUUCUCCAUAAUAUAUUAAACUAUAUGUAUCCUCUUCUCCAUAAUAUAUUAAACUAUAUGUCUCCUCUUCUCCAUAAUAUAUUAAACUAUAUGUCUCCUCUUCUCCAUAAUAUAUUAAACUAUGUCUCCUCUUCUCCAUAAUAUAUUAAACUAUAUGUCUCCUCUCCUCCAGGCUAUAUUUAAGCAAUAAGGCACGAGAAGGUGUGGUAUAUGGCCAAUAUACCACAGCUUAGGGCUGUUCUUAAGCACGACGCAACGUGGAGUGCCUGGACACAUCCCUUAGCUGUGGUAUAUUGGCCAUAUACCACAAACUCCCGAGGUGCCUUAAUGCUAUAAACUUCUUACCAACAUCAUUAGAACAGUAAAAUAACUGUUUUGUCAUACCCGUGGUAUACGGACUGAUACACCACGGCUGUCAGCCAAUCAGCAUUCAGGGCUCGAACCACCCAGUUUAUAAUAAACUAUAUGUCUCCUCUUCUCCAUAAUAUAUUAAACUAUAUGUCCCCUCUUCUCCAUAAUAUAUUAAACUAUAUGUCUCCUCUUCUCCAUAAUAUAUUAAACUAUAUGUAUCCUCUUCUCCAGGAUAUAUUAAACUAUAUGUCCCCUCUUCUCCAUAAUAUAUUAAACUAUAUGUCCCCUCUUCUCCAUAAUAUAUUAAACUAUAUGUCUCCUCUUCUCCAUAAUAUAUUAAACUAUAUGUCCCCUCUUCUCCAUAAUAUAUUAAACUAUAUGUAUCCUCUUCUCCAUAAUAUAUUAAACUAUAUGUCUCCUCUUCUCCAUAAUAUAUUAAACUACAUGUCCCCUCUUCUCCAUAAUAUAUUAAACUAUAUGUCCCCUCUUCUCCAUACUAUAUUAAACUAUAUGUCUCCUCUUCUCCAUACUAUAUUAAACUAUAUGUCCCCUCUUCUCCAUAAUAUAUUAAACUAUAUGUCCCCUCUUCUCCAUAAUAUAUUAAACUAUAUGUCUCCUCUUCUCCAUAAUAUAUUAAACUAUAUGUCCCCUCUUCUCCAGGAUAUAUUAAACUAUAUGUCCCCUCUUCUCCAGGAUAUAUUAAACUAUAUGUCCCCUCUUCUCCAUAAUAUAUUAAACUAUAUGUCCCCUCUUCUCCAUAAUAUAUUAAACUAUGUCUCCUCUUCUCCAUAAUAUAUUAAACUAUAUGUCUCCUCUUCUCCAUAAUAUAUUAAACUAUAUGUCUCCUCUUCUCCAUAAUAUAUUAAACUAUAUGUCCCCUCUUCUCCAUAAUAUAUUAAACUAUAUGUCCCCUCUUCUCCAUAAUAUAUUAAACUAUAUGUCCCCUCUUCUCCAUAAUAUAUUAAACUAUAUGUCCCCUCUUCUCCAUAAUAUAUUAAACUAUAUGUAUCCUCUUCUCCAUAAUAUAUUAAACUAUAUGUCUCCUCUUCUCCAUAUAAUAUUAAACUAUAUGUCCCCUCUUCUCCAGGAUAUAUUAAACUAUAUGUCUCCUCUUCUCCAUAAUAUAUUAAACUAUAUGUCCCCUCUUCUCCAUAAUAUAUUAAACUAUAUGUCCCCUCUUCUCCAGGAUAUAUGCUUGAGCCUGAUCAUGAGAAGAGACCAGAUAUCUAUCAAGUCUCCUACUUUGCCUUCAAGUUAGCUGGAAAGGAGUGUCCCGUGCCAAAUCUCUUUGUAAGUCACAGUUCAUUCGUUGUGACCGAUGUAUUUGUACUGAGUGAAAUGAAGGUCAGUGUGUAGAAUGGGCUAUGAUGUGGCCUGUGUUGGUGUAGCAGUGUGAACCACUUCUGGAGUACAUGUAAAAUGUACCGCUGCCAGCGUGGCUUUGAAUCUGGCCCACUGCUCUUUCAGUACAUCUCUCGCCUACCUUUCACCUCCAUCGCUCUCUAUCCAAUAAACAUACAAAUACUUAUAUGAAUAAAGACUUAUGACUUAAUAUAUAUAUAUAUAUAUAUAUAUAUAUAUAUAUAUAUAUAGUGGCAGAUCAGGGUGUUGGGUCAAGACGUUUACACAGAUCAGACACGGACAGAGUAUGAUUAGCUCGGUUUCAAGGGUGUUUAUUAAUACAAUAAUCAAAAGGAAAGGUUAAGGUCUCCGGCUACACAGAAGUGACCUUACUUCCCCCAGUCCUCUCCCAUGUGCUGCCCUUCUGACAGCUUUAUGGGCCUUGCACAGCUGUUGAGCAAUCUGCCCUUAAUUACUCACCAGCUCCCAGUUAGGCCUGUCUGGGAGCCUGUCGAUGCCUGGCACGUCCAGCAGAUGGAGCCACCGCCUUGUGAUGUAUCCUCCAUCUGUCACCAGGCCUCGACGAGUCUCCCCCUGGUGGCUGACCUGCUGUACGCCACUAUAUAUAUAUGGUUGGAUCUGUCAACACAUGGUUGGAUCUGUCCCUCUGCAGAGCUCUCCCCAUGAUGCUCCAUGAGUUAGUUAGGGUUAGAUGCUAGUUGUCUAACAUCAUGAUUUGUCUCCUCCCAACGUCACUUCCUGAGUUAGUUAGGGUUAGAUGCUAGUUGUCUAACAUAUGAUUUGUCUCCUGCAGAGCUCUCCUCUCCCGACGUCACUUCCUGAGCCACUCACAGCCAGCGAGGUUGCUGCUAGGAAGAGCAAGACGAAAGCCAGGUACAGUCACAUGUCACUGUGUUAUAGAUAUUCUGUAACAUUUUCAGAUCUCUAGCAAAAGGGAUUUAAUCUCAAGGAGAAUGUAUAAAUAUAGGUUAUGUGAAAGAGAAGUCAUACAUUUUCCACUAAGUGUUCUUCUGGUUACCACUUUUUCAGAAUCACAGAGUCCGUGGGCCCGACGGCAACUUCAAUCACUCCGAGACAGAGACCCAAAGCUGCCAACAGUAAUGUGCUACCCAUCCCUGUAGCCAACACUGCUGUCACCCCAAUCGCUUUCACGCCCAUCGUCACCCCCACGGCUGUGCCUUCUGUACCUGUUAGCAAUGGGCAGAAAGGUGAGAGUUCAAAAGUACUGUGUGUGUGUGUGUGUGUUUAUCUGCCGUUGUGCCCUUGAGCAAGACACUGAACCCCUAAGCGGCUCUCUCUCCCCCCAUGGGCAAUGCACCUUGGCUGAUCCUGUGCAUCUCACUGUGUGUGCAUUGUUUUGGGGGGGGAGUUGACAAUAGCCUCGCAGAGCCGCCUGAUCCCGCAAGCUUACACUUCCCGGACGAGCUAAACACAUUCUUUGUACGCUUCGAGGAAAACAACAUUAACGCUCAAGAGGACUGUGUGCUCUCGUUCUCCGUGGUCGACGUGAGUAAGUCAUUUAAGUGUGUUAACCCUCGCAAGGCUGCCGGCCCAGACGGCAUCCCAAGCUGCGUCCUCAGACCAGCUGGCUGGAGGGUUUACUGACAUAUUCAAUCUCUCCAUAUCCCAGUCUGUUGUCCCUACUUGCUUCAAGAUGUCCACGAUUGUUCCUGUACCCAAGAAAGCGAAGGUAUAACUGAACUAAAUGACUAUCGCCCCAUUAGCACUCACCUCUGUCAUCAUGAAGUGCUUUGAGAGGCUAGUCAAUUUUCAUAUCACCUUACCUGCCACCCUAGAUACACUCCAAUUCGCAUAUCGCCCCAAAAGAUCCAUGGACAACGCAAUCGCCAUCACACUGCACACUGCCCUAUCCCAUCUGGACAAGAGGAAUACCUAUGUAAGAAUGCUGUUCAUUGACUAUAGCUCAGCCUUCAACAGGAUAGUGCCCUCCAAGCUCAUCAUUAAGCUUGGGGCCCUGGGUCUGAACCACACCCUUUGUAACUGGGUCCUGGACUUCCUGACGGGCCGCCCCCAGGUGAUGAAGGUAGGCAACAACACCACUACACUGAUCCUCAACACAGGGGCCCCACAGGGGCGUGUGCUCAGCCCCCUCCAGUACUCCCUGUUCACCCACAACUGUGUGGGCACGCACGUCUCCAACUUAAUCAUCAAGUUUGCUGAUUACAUAAGUGGUAGACCUGAUUACCAACAACGAUGAGACGGCCUACAGGGAGGAGGUGAGGGCCCUGGCGGAGUGGUGCCAGGAAAAUAACCUCUCUCUCUCAAUGUCAACAAAACAAAGGAGCAGAUCGUGGACUUCAGGAGACAGCAGAGGGAACACACCCCCAUCCACAUCGACUGGGCCGCAGUGGAGAGGGUCAAAAGCUUCAGCGUUAACAUUGACAACCUGAAAUGGUCCCUUCACACAGACAGGCUGAGAAAAUGUGUCUCGUCUCCUAAGACCCUCACAAACUUCUACAAAUGCACCAUUGAGAGCAUCCUGUACGGGAAUCGCACCGUCCGCAACCUCAGGGCUCUCCAGAGGGUGGUGCAUUCAGCCCAACGCCCUCCAGGACAUCUAGGGCACCCGGUGUCACGGGAAGGCCAAGAAGAUCAUCAUCAAGGACCUUAGCCACCUGAGCCACGGCCUGUUCACCCCGCUACCAUCCAGCGGUGCAUGAAAGCUGGGAUCAAUAGACUGAUGAACAGCUUCUAUCUCCAGGCCAUCAGACUGUUAAACAGCCAACACCAGCUGGCCUCCACCCAGUACCCUGCUUAGUAACUGUUACUAGCGGCUACCACCGGGUCCUCAACCCUGCACCUUAGAAACCACUGCCCUAUGUGCAUAGUCACUGAACCCUUUAAUAAUGUUUACAUACUGUUUUACCUACUUGAUAUGUGUAUUCUAGUCAAGGCUCAUCCUAUAUAACUACUGCUGGACACUCCUUUUCUAUUCACAUAGUGUCCAUAAUGUCUAUACACACCAUCCUGUUUAACUACUGCUGUACACUCCUUUUCUAUUCACAUAGUGUCCAUAAUGUCUAUACACACCAUCCUGUUUAACUACUGCUGUACACUCCUUUUCUAUUCACAUAGUGUCCAUAAUGUCUAUACACACCAUCCUGUUUAACUACUGCUGUACACUCCUUUUCUAUUCACAUAGUGUCCAUAAUGUCUAUACACACCAUCCUGUUUAACUACUGCUGUACACUCCUUUUCUAUUCACAUAGUGUUCAUAAUGUCUAUACACACCAUACUGUUUAACUACCGCUGUACACUCCUUUUCUAUUCACAUAGUGUCCAUAAUGUCUAUACACACCAUCCUGUUUAACUACUGCUGUACACUCCUUUUCUAUUCACAUAGUGUCCAUAAUGUCUAUACACACCAUCCUGUUUAACUACUGCUGUACACUCCUUUUCUAUUCACAUAGUGUCCAUAAUGUCUAUACACACCAUCCUGUUUAACUACUGCUGUACACUCCUUUUCUAUUCACAUAGUGUCCAUAAUGUCUAUACACACCAUCCUGUUUAACUACUGCUGUACACCCCUUUUCUAUUCACAUAGUGUCCAUAAUGUCUAUACACACCAUUCUGUUUAACUACUGCUGUACACUCCUUUUCUAUUCACAUAGUGUCCAUAAUGUCUAUACACACCAUCCUGUUUAACUACUGCUGUACACUCCUUUUCUAUUCACAUAGUGUCCAUAAUGUCUAUACACACCAUCCUGUUUAACUACUGCUGUACACUCCUUUUCUAUUCACAUAGUGUCCAUAAUGUCUAUACACACCAUCCUGUUUAACUACUGCUGGACACUCCUUUUCUAUUCACAUAGUGUCCAUAAUGUCUAUACACACCAUCCUGUUUAACUACUGCUGUACACCCCUUUUCUAUUCACAUAGUGUCCAUAAUGUCUAUACACACCAUCCUGUUUAACUACUGCUGUACACACCUUUUCUAUUCACAUAGUGUCCAUAAUGUCUAUACACACCAUCCUGUUUAACUACUGCUGUACACUCCUUUUCUAUUCACAUAGUGUCCAUAAUGUCUAUACACACCAUCCUGUUUAACUACUGCUGUACACUCCUUUUCUAUUCACAUAGUGUCCAUAAUGUCUAUACACACCAUCCUGUUUAACUACUGCUGUACACUCCUUUUCUAUUCACAUAGUGUCCAUAAUGUCUAUACACACCAUCCUGUUUAACUACUGCUGUACACUCCUUUUCUAUUCACAUAGUGUCCAUAAUGUCUAUACACACCAUCCUGUUUAACUACUGCUGUACACUCCUUUUCUAUUCACAGUGUCCAUAAUGUCUAUACACACCAUCCUGUUUAACUACUGCUGUACACUCAUUUUCUAUUCACAUAGUGUCCAUAAUGUCUAUACACACCAUCCUGUUUAACUACUGCUGUACACUCCUUUUCUAUUCACAUACUGUCCAUACUGUCUAUACACACCAUCCUGUUUAACUACUGCUGUACACUCCUUUUCUAUUCACAUAGUGUCCAUAAUGUCUAUACACACCAUCCUGUUUAACUACUGCUGUACACUCCUUUUCUAUUCACAUAGUGUCCAUAAUGUCUAUACACACCAUUCUGUUUAACUACUGCUGUACACUCCUUUUCUAUUCAGUGUCCAUAAUGUCUAUACACACCAUCCUGUUUAACUACUGCUGUACACUCCUUUUCUAUUCACAUAGUGUCCAUAAUGUCUAUACACACCACCCUGUUUAACUACUGCUGUACACUCCUUUUCUAUUCACAUAGUGUCCAUAAUGUCUAUACACACCAUCCUGUUUAACUACUGCUGUACACUCCUUUUCUAUUCACAUACUGUCCAUAAUGUCUAUACACACCAUCCUAUAUAACUACUGCUGUACACUCCUUUUCUAUUCACAUAGUGUCCAUAAUGUCUAUACACACCAUCCUGUUUAACUACUGCUGUACACUCCUUUUCUAUUCACAUAGUGUCCAUAAUGUCUAUACACACCAUCCUGUUUAACUACUGCUGUACACUCCUUUUCUAUUCACAUAGUGUCCAUAAUGUCUAUACACACCAUCCUGUUUAACUACUGCUGUACACUCCUUUUCUAUUCACAUAGUGUCCAUAAUGUCUAUACACACCAUCCUGUUUAACUACUGCUGUACACUCCUUUUCUAUUCACAUAGUGUUCAUAAUGUCUAUACACACCAUCCUGUUUAACUACCGCUGUACACUCCUUUUCUAUUCACAUAGUGUCCAUAAUGUCUAUACACACCAUCCUGUUUAAUUACUGCUGUACACGCCUUUUCUAUUCACAUAGUGUCCAUAAUGUCUAUACACACCAUCCUGUUUAACUACUGCUGUACACUCCUUUUCUAUUCACAUAGUGUCCAUAAUGUCUAUACACACCAUCCUGUUUAACUACUGCUGUACACUCCUUUUCUAUUCACAUAGUGUCCAUAAUGUCUAUACACACCAUCCUAUAUAACUACUGCUGUACACUCCUUUUCUAUUCACAUAGUGUCCAUAAUGUCUAUACACACCAUCCUGUUUAACUACUGCUGUACACUCCUUUUCUAUUCACAUAGUGUCCAUAAUGUCUAUACACACCAUCCUGUUUAACUACUGCUGGACACUCCUUUUCUAUUCACAUAGUGUCCAUAAUGUCUAUACACACCAUCCUGUUUAACUACUGCUGUACACUCCUUUUCUAUUCACAUAGUGUCCAUAAUGUCUAUACACACCAUCCUGUUUAACUACUGCUGUACACUCCUUUUUCUAUUCACAUAGUGUUCAUAAUGUCUAUACACACCAUCCUGUUUAACUACCGCUGUACACUCCUUUUCUAUUCACAUAGUGUCCAUAAUGUCUAUACACACCAUCCUGUUUAACUACUGCUGUACACUCCUUUUCUAUUCACAUAGUGUCCAUAAUGUCUAUACACACCAUCCUGUUUAAACUACUGCUGUACACUCCUUUUCUAUUCACAUAGUGUCCAUAAUGUCUAUACACACCAUCCUGUUUAACUACUGCUGUACACCCCUUUUCUAUUCACAUAGUGUCCAUAAUGUCUAUACACACCAUUCUGUUUAACUACUGCUGUACACUCCUUUUCUAUUCACAUAGUGUCCAUAAUGUCUAUACACACCAUCCUGUUUAACUACUGCUGUACACUCCUUUUCUAUUCACAUAGUGUCCAUAAUGUCUAUACACACCAUCCUGUUUAACUACUGCUGGACACUCCUUUUCUAUUCACAUAGUGUCCAUAAUGUCUAUACACACCAUCCUGUUUAACUACUGCUGUACACACCUUUUCUAUUCACAUAGUGUCCAUAAUGUCUAUACACACCAUCCUGUUUAACUACUGCUGUACACACCUUUUCUAUUCACAUAGUGUCCAUAAUGUAUAUACACACCAUCCUGUUUAACUACUGCUGUACACUCCUUUUCUAUUCACAUAGUGUCCAUAAUGUCUAUACACACCAUCCUGUUUAACUACUGCUGUACACUCCUUUUCUAUUCACAUAGUGUCCAUAAUGUCUAUACACACCAUCCUGUUUAACUACUGCUGUACACUCCUUUUCUAUUCACAUAGUGUCCAUAAUGUCUAUACACACCAUCCUGUUUAACUACUGCUGUACACUCCUUUUCUAUUCACAUAGUGUCCAUAAUGUCUAUACACACCAUCCUGUUUAACUACUGCUGUACACUCCUUUUCUAUUCACAGUGUCCAUAAUGUCUAUACACACCAUCCUGUUUAACUACUGCUGUACACUCCUUUUCUAUUCACAUAGUGUCCAUAAUGUCUAUACACACCAUCCUGUUUAACUACUGCUGUACACUCCUUUUCUAUUCACAUAGUGUCCAUACUGUCUAUACACACCAUCCUGUUUAACUACUGCUGUACACUCCUUUUCUAUUCACAUAGUGUCCAUACUGUCUAUACACACCAUCCUGUUUAACUACUGCUGUACACUCCUUUUCUAUUCACAUAGUGUCCAUAAUGUCUAUACACACCAUCCUGUUUAACUACUGCUGUACACUCCUUUUCUAUUCAGUGUCCAUAAUGUCUAUACACACCAUCCUGUUUAACUACUGCUGUACACUCCUUUUCUAUUCACAUAGUGUCCAUAAUGUCUAUACACACCAUCCUGUUUAACUACUGCUGUAAACUCCUUUUCUAUUCACAGUGUCCAUAAUGUCUAUACACACCAUCCUGUUUAACUACUGCUGUACACUCCUUUUCUAUUCACAUAGUGUCCAUAAUGUCUAUACACACCAUCCUGUUUAACUACUGCUGUACACUCCUUUUCUAUUCACAUAGUGUCCAUUAUGUCUAUACACACCAUCCUGUUUAACUACUGCUGUACACACCUUUUCUAUUCACAUAGUGUCCAUAAUGUCUAUACACACCAUCCUGUUUAACUACUGCUGUACACUCCUUUUCUAUUCACAUAGUGUCCAUAAUGUCUAUACACACCAUCCUGUUUAACUACUGCUGUACACACCUUUUCUAUUCACAUAGUGUCCAUAAUAUCUAUACACACCAUCCUGUUUAACUACUGCUGUACACUCCUUUUCUAUUCACAUAGUGUCCAUAAUGUCUAUACACACCAUCCUGUUUAACUACUGCUGUACACACCUUUUCUAUUCACAUAGUGUCCAUAAUGUCUAUACACACCAUCCUGUUUAACUACUGCUGUACACUCCUUUUCUAUUCACAUAGUGUCCAUAAUGUCUAUACACACCAUCCUGUUUAACUACUGCUGUACACACCUUUUCUAUUCACAUAGUGUCCAUAAUAUCUAUACACACCAUCCUGUUUAACUACUGCUGUACACUCCUUUUCUAUUCACAUAGUGUCCAUAAUGUCUAUACACACCAUCCUGUUUAACUACUGCUGUACACUCCUUUUCUAUUCACAUAGUGUCCAUAAUGUCUAUACACACCAUCCUGUUUAACUACUGCUGUACACUCCUUUUCUAUUCACAUAGUGUCCAUAAUGUCUAUACACACCAUCCUGUUUAACUACUGCUGUACACUCCUUUUCUAUUCACAUAGUGUCCAUAAUGUCUAUACACACCAUCCUGUUUAACUACUGCUGUACACUCCUUUUCUAUUCACAUAGUGUCCAUAAUGUCUAUACACACCAUCCUGUUUAACUACUGCUGGACACUCCUUUUCUAUUCACAUAGUGUCCAUAAUGUCUAUACACACCAUCCUGUUUAACUACUGCUGUCCACUCCUUUUCUAUUCACAUAGUGUCCAUAAUGUCUAUACACACCAUCCUGUUUAACUACUGCUGUCUACUCCCUUUCUAUUCACAUAGUGUCCAUAAUGUCUAUACACACCAUCCUGUUUAACUACUGCUGUACACUCCUUUUCUAUUCACAUAGUAUCCAUAAUGUCUAUACACACCAUCCUGUUUAACUACUGCUGUACACUCCUUUUCUAUUCACAUAGUGUCCAUAAUGUCUAUACACACCAUCCUGUUUAACUACUGCUGUACACUCCUUUUCUAUUCACAUAGUGUCCAUAAUGUCUAUACACACCAUCCUGUUUAACUACUGCUGUACACUCCUUUUCUAUUCACAUAGUGUCCAUAAUGUCUAUACACACCAUCCUGUUUAACUACUGCUGUAAACUCCUUUUCUAUUCACAUAGUGUCCAUAAUGUCUAUACACACCAUCCUGUUUAACUACUGCUGUACACGCCUUUUCUAUUCACAUAGUGUCCAUAAUGUCUAUACACACCAUCCUGUUUAACUACUGCUGUACACUCCUUUUCUAUUCACAUAGUGUCCAUAAUGUCUAUACACACCAUCCUGUUUAACUACUGCUGUACACUCCUUUUCUAUUCACAUAGUGUCCAUAAUGUCUAUACACACCAUCCUGUUUAACUACUGCUGUCCACUCCUUUUCUAUUCACAUAGUGUCCAUAAUGUCUAUACACACCAUCCUGUUUAACUACUGCUGUCCACUCCUUUUCUAUUCACAUAGUGUCCAUAAUGUCUAUACACACCAUCCUGUUUAACUACUGCUGUACACUCCUUUUCUAUUCACAUAGUGUCCAUAAUGUCUAUACACACCAUCCUGUUUAACUACUGCUGUACACUCCUUUUCUAUUCACAUAGUGUCCAUAAUGUCUAUACACACCAUCCUGUUUAACUACUGCUGUACACUCCUUUUCUAUUCACAUAGUGUCCAUAAUGUCUAUACACACCAUCCUGUUUAACUACUGCUGUCCACUCCUUUUCUAUUCACAUAGUGUCCAUAAUGUCUAUACACACCAUCCUGUUUAACUACUGCUGUACACUCCUUUUCUAUUCACAUAGUGUCCAUAAUGUCUAUACACACCAUUCUGUUUAACUACUGCUGUACACUCCUUUUCUAUUCACAUAGUGUCCAUAAUGUCUAUACACACCAUCCUGUUUAACUACUGCUGUACACUCCUUUUCUAUUCACAUAGUGUCCAUAAUGUCUAUACACACCAUCCUGUUUAACUACUGCUGUACACUCCUUUUCUAUUCACAUAGUGUCCAUAAUGUCUAUACACACCAUCCUGUUUAACUACUGCUGUACACGCCUUUUCUAUUCACAUAGUGUCCAUAAUGUCUAUACACACCAUCCUGUUUAACUACUGCUGUACACUCCUUUUCUAUUCACAUAGUGUCCAUAAUGUCUAUACACACCAUCCUGUUUAACUACUGCUGUACACUCCUUUUCUAUUCACAUAGUGUCCAUAAUGUCUAUACACACCAUCCUGUUUAACUACUGCUGUACACACCUUUUCUAUUCACAUAGUGUCCAUAAUGUCUAUACACACCAUCCUGUUUAACUACUGCUGUACACUCCUUUUCUAUUCACAUAGUGUCCAUAAUGUCUAUACACACCAUCCUGUUUAACUACUGCUGUUCACUCCUUUUCUAUUCACAUAGUGUCCAUAAUGUCUUUACACACCAUCCUGUUUAACUACUGCUGUACACACCUUUUCUAUUCACAUAGUGUCCAUAAUGUCUAUACACACCAUCCUAUAUAACUACUGCUGUACACACCUUUUCUAUUCACAUAGUGUCCAUAAUGUCUAUACACACCAUCCUGUUUAACUACUGCUGUACACUCCUUUUCUAUUCACAUAGUGUCCAUAAUGUCUUUACACACCAUCCUGUUUAACUACUGCUGUACACUCCUUUUCUAUUCACAUAGUGUCCAUAAUGUCUAUACACACCAUCCUGUUUAACUACUGCUGUACACUCCUUUUCUAUUCACAUAGUGUCCAUAAUGUCUAUACACACCAUCCUGUUUAACUACUGCUGUACACUCCUUUUCUAUUCACAUAGUGUCCAUAAUGUCUAUACACAUCAUCCUGUUUAACUACUGCUGGACACUCCUUUUCUGUUCACAUAGUGUCCAUAAUGUCUAUACACACCAUCCUGUUUAACUACUGCUGUUCACUCCUUUUCUAUUUAUUUACUGUCUAUAUUUUUGGAGAUUAUGUGUAUUGUAUUAUUACUGCACUGUUGGAGCUGGGAACACAAGCAUUUAGCUAGGUAUUACUGCACUGUUGGAGCUAGAAACACAAGCAUUUAGCUAGGUAUUACUGCACUGUUGGAGCUAGAAACACAAGCAUUUAGCUAGGUAUUACUGCACUGUUGGAGCUGGGAACACAAGCAUUUAGCUAGGUAUUACUACACUGUUGGAGCUGGGAACACAAGCAUUUAGCUAGGUAUUACUGCACUGUUGGAGUUAGGAACACAAGCAUUUAGCUAGGUAUUACUGCACUGUUGGAGCUGGGAACACAAGCAUUUAGCUAGGUAUUACUGCACUGUUGGAGCUGGGAACACAAGCAUUUAGCUAGAUAUUACUACACUGUUGGAGCUAGAAACACAAGCAUUUAGCUGCUCCUGCAAUAACGUCUGCAAAUCUGUGUACGCGACUUGAUUUACAUUAAUCGCUGCACAGAUAUUUGAAAGUAACUUGCGGGAUCAGGCGGCUUUGUGAGGCUAGGUUGACAAAGAACAGGAGACAAAUGUCAGGUUUUUCACAAAAUGGACAAUAAAGUAUCUCUAUGCUUAUCACAGCGACUACCCCAGGGAACGGGCAGCCGGUGGCUCCGCAGACAGCCAACAGGAUCCUCCAACAGCUGCAACCUGGAGACCUGCGUCUGCAACAACAACAACAACAACAAGAUCAACAACAUCCUGUCCAUCCACAGCAACCAAACGCACAGCAGCUCCGAUACCUUCAGGUAUUAC